AUUCUAAGCUCCUUUCUCUGUUGUGCUUCGCUCACGCUACUUUACGUUCGAUAAAGUUUUAGCAUCUAUAGAAUUUUUAAAAUGACGGCAAUUAGCGUUAUCAUAGGCUGCAUUGCUGCGAUUUUAUUAUGGCUUCCUUGCAUACGGGCUAAAGAUGUAUUUCCAUUUCUUGACGAAUCUUUGCAAAGAUUAGAAGAAAUUCCGCAAGACGACAAGAGUGUACCACUGCGUAGCGAAAAAAGACGGAAGAUCACAAAUAAUGAGGCUACUGAAGAAGGAUGGACAGCUUGGGGUCCAUGGCAAACGUGCUCCCGCAGUUGCGACGGGGGCAUUGCAAUUAGUUUGAGAAUUUGUCGAGGCACUUGUCCAGUGGGUCAACAUAUUAGAAGACAGAUCUGUAAUAUGCAGCCCUGCCCUGAACCGAAUGACUUUCGGGCUGCUCAGUGCUCAGCUUAUAACGAAAGACCCUACCGGGAAAGAAUGUAUGUGUGGUUACCAUUCUACGAUCCGGAAGACCCGUGUGCCUUGACCUGCAUAGCACAAGAUUACGGCUUCGUUGCCAAGUUGUCCAAGAAGGUUCAGGACGGAACAAGGUGCAGAGAAGGAGCAUUGGAUAUGUGCGUAGAAGGCCAGUGCCAGCCAAUCGGUUGUGAUCUCCGAGUAGGUUCAACUCUUAAAGUAGACGAAUGUGGGAUUUGUGGAGGUGAUGGCUCCAGAUGCCAAAGACCAACAUUCAUCUGGCAGGAAGGUGUAUUUGGUGCAUGUUCCGUCACUUGUGGAGGAGGCAUCCAGCUUUCCGAAGCUACGUGUCGCAAUAAAGAAACAAAUGAAGAGGUGGAUCCUAGACUAUGCAAUUUGUCAAUCCGUCCGCGGACCAAAGCUAAGCAUUGUAACCGACACCCUUGCCCUGUAGUGUGGGCCACCGGGAAGUGGGGUCCUUGCUCCGCAACGUGUGGAACGGGUGUUCAGUCUCGCCCCGUCUUCUGCGUUCAGGGCGGACCCAACGGUUCCCGGAUAGAUGUCAAGUCCGAUUUUUGCCCGCGGCACAAGCCCAUGACGGAACAAUCGUGCACCGUAGAGGAGUGCCCUCGUUGGUUCCAAGGUCCCUGGUCACCAUGUUCUGUAACAUGUGGGCAAGGGAUUCAGACUAGAGCUGUUGUCUGCAGAGAUAGCAAAAGUCAGUACAGUGAUCUGUGUGAUCUCAGUGGUAUGCCGAGGCCACAGAAGACUUGUGAAUCGAAGAUCCCUUGUCCGGUGGUAUCUCAAACCGAAGAGCCCACAACACCGCCACCUUGUAUUCCCGUCCACAGUACAGAAGCUGAGCCUUCAUCUACACUGACUGAAGAACCAUCAACGGAAACUGAACCUCCUAUAAUUCUUACUCAAGCUCCCGCAAAUCUAUCCUCUACUACAAAAUCUUUCUACUUCGUGGGACCCUGGAGCCGAUGCAAUGGAGAGGGUUUCAGAAGGAGGAUAGUUCACUGCCAAAUUUUUCUAGAAGUUUCCCGGACUGCGGCUAGGCUGCCAGAUUCCGAAUGUACAGAUGCUCGACCAAUCGACUUUGAACCGUGUUCCAUAUCCUGCCCGCCUCCUUAUCCUCCUAGAGAGGUGACAACAGUAGUAGACCAAACAGAAGAAGAAAAAGACAAAUCCUUCUACUCUUGGAACACUGAAAAAUUCUCUCCUUGUUCUGCUUCCUGUUCAGGAGGCAUACAUACGUCUAUUGUUCGAUGCCUCCGUCUCCCGGAUCAAGUGGAAGUCUCCCCUCAGUUAUGCAAUCUUGCUCUAAAACCUGAAGCCCUCACCAAGAGGUGUAACGAUCAGCCUUGUCCAGUAAGUUAUAAGUGGAACGUAACGGAAUACGGAGAAUGUUCCAGAGAAUGUGGUGGUGGUAUACGAACACGAAUAGUGAAAUGCAUCUCAGUGACAGAUGGUCAAGAAGUUACAUCCGUUAAAUGUUCCGGUCAACCGCCGAAAGCUGCUGAUAAUUGCAAUGUCUUCGACUGUCCUUCAUCCUGGAAGACUGAACCUUGGAGCAAGUGUUCUCGAUCUUGCGGUGGAGGAUUUCAGACAAGAAAACUACAAUGCGAAAAGAUUCUAGCACCUCUCAGCCAAACUAUCCAGUUACCACCAUCCAAGUGCCUUAAAACGAGGCCGAAAGCUAUCAAGAAAUGCAAUCUCAAACCUUGCCCACCACCUCCAAGGACUACUACUACUACAACUACAACUACCACAAUUGCCACCAUGGAUCCUGUCAUGAAGACAGCUGAUGACACUGAAGUUGUCACCAAUUAUCCAGAUGAGCAGGUGUUCGUACAAAAGUACCCCAACAGACGCGUGACUCUGAAAGCAUCAGGCCAAGCCAUUCUUUUUAAGGGAUCGAAUGCCAAAUUUCAUUGUCCGGUGUUCCCAGCUUCCAACACUAGCCGGGUUCUCUGGUUCAAAAACCAAACAAGAAUGCCACCAUCCACCACCAGCAAUUGGCCACGAGUCUCCGUGUCCGGAAAAGGAGCCCUUCGAAUUCAUAAGAUCACGUUCUCGGAUGCCGGGACAUACACGUGCUUGGCGGGCGCUUUUAGGAGCGACGUGAUUGUGCAAGUAAAGCCUUUGCCUACAAGACAACCCGAAAUGCUAUACUCAGAUACGAGUUCCAUAACUUCUCUAUCGACAACACCUGCUCCAACAGUAGAAAAUCUCAGCAGAAAACUUACAAACCGUUCUGCCCUUCCACAAGUUCGUCAUUUCUUGGUUAAUAUGCGCCAUUUUGCUGAAGAACGCGUGAAGUCUGAUCCUGUAGUCCUGGAGUAUGACUGGAUAGUAGGAGUAUGGUCACCCUGCUCACAUUCUUGUGGAGAGACGGGUAUUCAGGUUAGAACCAUAGACUGCAGAGUUAGAGUGCUUAAGAAUGCCACGCGACUUGUGCCGAAAGGUCUCUGUAUAGAUGGAGGAUUACCCGAACCUCCGAGUAUUCAAUAUUGCCCCUUAGAUCCUUGCCCAGAAUGGAUUACAGGUGAUUGGUCAGAAUGUAGCACAAAAAACUGUCUAUCGUGGAAUACCGCUUACCAGAAAAGAAGUGUUCUCUGUGGUCUGGCCAAUGAGACUCUUACACCGAGUCACUGUGAUAGUAGAAAGCGGCCUAGAAGGAAACGUGAGUGUUUCAAUUCGAAUUGCCAAGGAGUCUGGCGAGUUAGUCAAUGGUCUGAGUGCACAGCAAGUUGUGGAUAUAGAGGAUUUCGCAGCCGUAGUGUACAAUGCAUAUGGAACGGAAGUCAAGAGCCAGCUCCGUUCAACGCUUGCAAAGGACCACCACCACCAUUAUCAUCACCAUGUGGUAGAACUCCAUGCAGUGAUGGUAAGAGUACAUGCAGAAAAUUGACAUUAUGUAAUGUACAAUCAGCAAUUCACAAUUUGAAUAAAACAUUUACGUGA